CAGUCCUCUCGCCCCGCGCGUCCCCUCGCCCCGCAGACUCGCGCAAUCGCGGCUAACAGUUUUAUUUUCCCGAAUAAACUUUAUCAAACAAAGCGUGCGUGCCCCGCGCCCUGCAUCUGCUCGCCCAGCUGUUACUCUUGCAGCUGGCCACGUCGUCUCGCUCUAUCCCGCACAAUAUCGGUGGAGUCGAACGAGACGAACGUCACCUAGUGUAAUCGCAUCGAGACCCUUCAAUUCCCUGUGCACGGCCCAUUCGCAGUCCGUAUCCCGACGCCGGCGGGCAAACUGCUAGCGAUUAUGACGAGCAAGCGUAAGCGCGAACGCGAGAAUGAAGCUGAGCGGCACGUUAAGCGUCAGCGGCGUCGCAAGCGUUCUCGCAGCGAACCGCUAAUGAAUGAUCCUGAUAAUGCUGAGAAGCGUCAAGCGCUCAAACGUUUAUUUGGACGGAUUUGUUCAGUGGAAAUGGAUAAUGAGCACCACAAUUCGGAUAAUUUGUUUGACAACAUGAACGAUCACGAGAGCCAGGAUGCUUACGGAGACGAAAACGACGACCCUCUGCUGGAUUCGGUGCCUGUGGAUAUGGAUCCUGAACAACUGGGAUUUUUGGUGUGCGCUCAGGAGACGCUGCGAUUCUUGCACGGCCGUGGGAUCCCCAUCGAACACCCGGUAUUCUCAAGGCUGCGCUCACGCCUUCUCCGUGGGAUCGGCGAGAUGGCGAUGGCCUGAGUAUUGCUUGGCCCAGAGCCCGCAAGAAACUAAACCUUCUUCUAGCUUCACUUUCGAACAUUUUUCACUACAGUGGUUAUUUAUUCAGUGUAAUAUGUAUGUAUAUCGGUGUGAUCUUCCUAUACAAAGAACUAUUCUAUUUCCUUACUAAGGGGCUCUGGUUAGUGCUUAAGGUGUUUAAGUGUAAAGUUGAUUGUUGUUAACGCAACAGGUGGCCCGAAAGGGUACUCUAGUCAUUAAUACUAGUCAAUAAUGAAAUAUAUUU